UAUUGGACCGUAAUCUAACGGUUCACGCAAUAAAGAUUGUGUAGUGAUUGAGAAAGAUAAACAAGGAGAGGGCCCCCCACUGAGGGAAUACCUGGCAGGCUGGCGACGUUUUGUCUUGACUCGGACUUACAGGAUCAUCCGCUAAACACGUCAUCCUUUCGUCUCCAUUCUCCAUCUUUCGAUCCUUCUUCUUUCUCUCUCUGUACAGCUUUCUCUCUCUUCUUAGUGUUUACGGAGUACUUUCUUCUCUCUGUAUAAACUCUAUUUGCGAUCAAACCCCCUGGAGGCUCGAAGCUUUCUGGUUUUGACACACGAGGGAUUCGGGACACGCUGCAAUAAUCAGUACUGGGAUGAAGAGGUUCUUCUUCAAUCUUCCGAGCUCUCACCGACACCAUCACCUUCAUCAGAACCCUAAUCGUGACAAUUCCUCCGUCGCUGCGAGCACUAGUACUAGCGAAGCCACGAAUCCUUCGUAUUCAUCGGAGCUCCGCGAAUCCGCAUCGGGGAGGACUGAGGAGGAAGUGAGCAGUUACGAAUCAGCGAACGGUGGAGAGGUGGAGGAGGAUGGAGGCGAAGAAAUAUCGCCGUUUCGCGGCGAGUCAGCGGAGUGGAUAACCGCGUCGGCUUCUGGUCAGAGGAAUGCGGAUGGUGAUGAUUCAGCCUCCUUGUCGAUGAGCGCGGUUGCUAGGGAGAACAAGGAGGCGGGAACUGCGAUGAGUGCGAGGAUGGAUAGCCCUCCUAGUGACGAUUGCUGCCCUAUAUGCUUCAGCAAUUUCGUCGUCCCCUGCCGCGGCCCCUGCGGUCAUUGGUAUUGCGGAGGCUGCAUUUUGCAGUACUGGAACUAUAGUGCAGCCCUUCAGCCUUGCAACUGUCCUAUGUGUUCGAAACAGAUAACUAAGUUGACACCUGAGGCAUCAUUGUAUCACUCUCGGGAAGUUGAAGUUACUGAGGUUCUGGGAAGUAUUCGAAAAUAUAAUCGGCUUUUUGUUGGGGGCACAUAUGGCUUCAUGCUAAAAGUGCUUUGUUUGCCAUUAUACGUCAAGAGAUUAUUUCGUGAAAUGAUGAAUCCUGAUAGACCUGGUGCUCAUCUAAACAAAUUGCGAAUUUGUGCAAUGUUCCUGGGUCUCCUUUAUACGUUCUGCCCCUUCGAUUUUCUUCGAAUAGGCCGUCAAAAUGUCAUAGAUACGUUUGAUUACUCCGCCAUUGCACUUUCAUUCGUCUUGUAUCUGGUUGGACUCCUUCACCGAAGAAGGCGCUUCCAGAAUGUCAGGGAGAUGGCAGCCAUUGACCCAUGAUACUGCCCAGGCAUUAGCUUGUAGCUUGAAAUGGUACAAAAUGACAGCAGUACAACAUGCAUGUGUAUACCAUGGACGACCCGGGUCCAAAAAUAACUUUCAAAUUCUGUAUUUAGUUGACACAUUCUAUAUCUGCAAUUAUCAAGUCAGGUUCUGUAUUUAAAGUAUAGUUUCUGUACUUGUAGCUAUCAUAUUAUGUGUUUGCAAUUA